UACCUAAUGUUUGAGCUCUCUGUACAGCAUCAAUGCUCUUUGUAAUUUUUUUUUUGUGAGAUAACAUUUUAUUGCAUAGCUGCUACCUUUAGUUUUGAUUUUUUUAUUUUUGUUUCUCUGUGUUUGGUUUCAGAUUUUUUUUUGUGUGUGAUGAGGAUAUUGAACAACUCCAUUUUCAGAUAUGUAACAUUUGCUUACAGAUUGAGCUUGUAAUGUUACUUGUCAUCUACUUUUUUUGCUUUCAUUUAUAAUUUGAUCCAAAUCAAGAAGAACAAUUAGAAAUAAAUAGGAACUUGAAGACGGAACCACCGUGUCUGAAGUCAUUUCUUGGACCUUACGCCAUGUUUAGUAACAGGAGUUGGUCCUUUCUUUCCUCCUCCUUUCUUGUUAUCAAACCCAAACUCAAUGUCUCCUCCGUUUCGACCAGAAGGUUUGCUCAUUGGACCAGGACGCUUUAUAUCGAACCCAAGCUCCAAAUCAUCACCUCUCUGUCUCGGCUCACGUUCCACAGGUCUGAUCUCACGGCUCUUCUUUGAAGACGGUUUCUCAUGCUUUGAAGCUUUGUUGUUGUUUUUGUGGUCCUUGCGGCCCCGGUUGCAUAGCCUUCCGAAUACACAAGCCAGUGCUGCCAAGAUAAGGAUGGCUGCUAGAACUAUGAACGCUGUACCGAAUGAGCCACUUGAACCAGAGGAUGAGGGCGGUGCAUACGAGAAAGAUGAUGAAGAAGAAGAAGAUGAUGAUGGAUACACAAUAAGAGGUUGCUGGAACUGUUGUGGUUGAUCUGCCAUUUUGGGUGGGUUUGGUUUUGAUUGUGAUAUUGGGAGCUCUGUGGUGUUGAAGAUCACUUCAGUUUAUACCAUUUUCAUCUGAAAUGUGGCCAAUGUAUUAAUAGUAUCAGUAUCUAUAAAUAAAGUUUAUGCUAGAGCCUAGACAUAUGGUGUUGUUUUUGAAAUAAAGUUACAUAUUGCUUGCUUUUGUGGAAAUUACCAGUUUGUUUGUUGCGCAACUUUAUUUUUGUAAGAAAAGAUACUGUGGGUUGUCUUGUUUGCUUGUCAUCAACAAUAUGGGUUUAUUUAAGAGGUGCACUUUAGAAUAUUUUCUGAUUGCUUUGUAAGAAGAGAAAGUGAGACUGUGGUUAAGUAUUUUAGAUGAGACACAAUACAUUGUUUCCAAUAAAGAUUAGCUUAAAGAUUUGAUGAGUGGGGAUGCUCCUUUACCAAUCAUUGACUCUGCUCUAUUGAAUUCCCGUUACCCAUUAAUUUAUACACCUCUUCACUAUUCUUCAGUCUCCAAUUUUCAAUUCCCCAGUGCUGGACCUGCAGGUGUAUAAUUUAAUGAUACAAAUCUUAAUAAUUGUUAUAAAGUUUGCUAAAUAUCAGGAGAAUAAAAACUGUUUUUUUUUUCUUUCUUUUUUUAAGGUGAGAAUAUGGAUCCACUAGUUUUGCAUAAUAGUAUACUUAUACACCAUCAAAUUUACUCUAGUGUUAACUUUAAAUUUUCUAGUGAAUUUCUAACUGGAUUUAUCAACUUUAAAUUGUAGGUUUAGAGUGGGGUUCCACAAAAGAGAGUGUAAGUGGAAUGUAUUCAACAUAGGGAUUAGUGCAAAGCACAUUUUGAGUUCUUUCACGCAGAUAUUUGUUUUCUUCUUUUCCUUUUUUCAUAUUACUUUCAAACUUUAUGUCUCUUUGAAUGUCAUCUUCUUGUAAUGUUUACAGUGAUAUCUUCUUGAGGCCUAAUGGGAACACCUUUAGAUUUUGAAUUUUGAUUCUUUGUUUGCUUUUCUUUUUCACCAAGAAAGAAAAAUAUUCCAUGCAUGAUAUGUUCUUUAAGUCUCUUGAUGAGCCGAAGAAUUACAAAACUUUUGCUAAACAUCGCAUAAGUGAUAUUUAAAAUGAGUUUACCGUUACGAUAAAAUUGAUUUAUCCAGGAUAAGUGUACAACCAAUCAUAAACACGUCUUCGAGGUUUGCUUCUGUAUUUGUUCAAUAUCUUUUUGUUAGGUGCUCUGAAACCGGUUUAGCUGGAGAGGUUCGUGUAAGCGUUCAUCAUAAUGGGCCGCUUCCGCAACUGGACUUAUUACCAUUUUUCACUAACAAAAAUGUUUUGAUUGUUAAAAUUUGUUACAUAUUUUGUGUGAUUUGUACUUUGUUUCACUUCUGUGUAAUCUUACUCUCUUUUUUUUUUGAGCAAAUUAGCUCAAUAUACUCAAAAGAGUGGGAUACCAUUGAAUUGGAGAAAAAUGGUAGUGAUAGGGGAAAAAAUUGAAGGAAAAUAGGGUAUGGGGUGCAAAUAGAGGAGAAGUUGUGUGUAGGAAGUACAAAUACUCUUUUUUUUUUUGUUCAAACUCAAAUUUCAUUAGAAUAAGCUAAGGUGGGCUCAAGGCCCAUAAAGCCUGUUUUGCCAAAAAGUCUGCAGAGUUGUUUGACGAUCUAGGAAUAAACUUGAAAACAAUAGACUUAAAUCAUAUACAGAAGAAGAAAAAAAAGAAUCAUAAGACCUUUAGAAAGGACUUGGUCCAACUUAAUGAGCUCAGAAAAGCUAUUUAGAAAUAGUAUUUGUACUCUCUACACACAACUUCCCUUCUAUUUGCACUUCAUACUCUAUUUUCCUUCAAUUUUUUUCCCUCCAUCACUACCAUUUUCUUCCAAUUCAAUGGUAUCUCAUUCUUUUCAGUAUAUUGAGCUAAUUUGCUCAUUUAGAAAAGGAACAGGAGAAACUAAAGUAAUUUCAUUUACAGUGGAGCAAAAAGGAUCCAUCGUUUUCACCAAAACAGCACGCAGUUCGAGAAACAGUGGCUAGAAACCUUCUUUUUCCCGCGCUAAGUUCAACUAGAAAACGACACGUGGGAAUCUUGUUUCUUAAGGCUUCAACUCUUUUGUCUACACAAAGAGAGAAGGUGUCACUCUAGGACCGUCGCAUUGGGAUUUAAAGGCUGGAUGAUUUGUCUUCUCAUUCCAUGGAAGAGCGCUUUGUGUGACCAAACAAAAAGCUUCCUUACGCUUGGACCCCUUAUACAA